AUAUCGACGCUCUGUUGCGAAUGAGCACAAAGACUCAACGUUCGAUCACAAAGUCGGCUCCAAAGCGGAAGAUGAGGGAUAUGUGUAAAGGAAAAAGAUGGCUGAUGCUGCCAUGUUGAAACGAGAGAAUGCUUGCAGGCCAUCCACACCGCCGACGCAACCACCAUCUCUCUCAGCUCCGGAUGUGGGUGGACAGUCACUCCUUGCAGCCCGAGAAGGGAGCCAAAUUGUCAACAACACAACCGUUGAUCGGUCCACGUUUUGCAAAAUCAUGGAGACUCACAAGAAGCGGAACGUUAAAGUGACGCCGGAGACGAAGCUGAAGAAAGAACCGCGAUCAGAAGGUCCGUCGGAUCACAAACUUGCACAGAGCGUCGAACCCGAUGCAGGCUGUCCACUUCGAAACAGCGGAUGGUCUGACAGGCUCUCUCCGAUGCUCAACGUCGAAAGUGCAGACGUCAAUGCGGAUGACCAUCCACACACCGAAAGAACACAGUGGUUCAGAAAUGUCCUGCAGUCUAUCUCGAAUUCAGACCAAAGCGUCCGCGCAGAAUUGCUUCUUCUAUGCCUCGGCCGCCGAAAUCUUACGGUCCUGGCGCUGGAGAAGAAGAAGAAGAAGAAGAAGAAGAAGAAGAAGAAGAAGAAGAAGAAGAAGAAGAAGAAAGCAUACAAUCAUUCGACGGGGACGGUGAUACAAACCCCAGCAGAUGCUUCUUCCGGAUCGUCUGAGCCAAAGGAACGUGCUGAAAGUCAAGCAGGCGAAGAAACCUCCUCAGCAUCUCCCGUGCAACCGAUCGACAAUAGGCUUAGCGGAGAACCAUCAAAAUCGAAUCUUCUUAUUGAGGGAGAACUUUUUGGAGAUGGCGACGACUCACCUUCGGCCUUGGUCGAGUAG